CUGCCAUUAUUUAAGCACUGAACCACUUCCACUUUCUCAAAGCUAACGAAACUGAUCAUAAGAUAGGAAAGAAUAAGAGAAGGAAGAAGGGUUCUAGGCUAAGGUGGUAGGCUCGAUAGACAGGCCAAGGAUGAUCACGAAAAGCCAGGAAGGAGCACAGAGCGAGGCUGCUACUGGGCCUGCUAAAGGCGGUUCCGAGUCCAGCCGAGCGGGGUUGAAGAAGGGGCCAUGGACAGCUGUGGAGGAUGCUAUCUUGGUAGAGUAUGUGAAGAAGUAUGGUGAAGGGAACUGGAAUGCCGUGCAGAAGAAUUGCGGGUUGAUGCGGUGUGGCAAAAGUUGUAGAUUGAGAUGGGCUAACCAUUUGAGGCCAAAUCUCAAGAAGGGCUCAUUUUCACCUGAAGAAGAGAGGAUUAUCAUAGAACUUCACGCUAGACUCGGCAACAAAUGGGCUCGCAUGGCUUCUCAGUUACCUGGUCGAACUGACAACGAAAUAAAAAACUACUGGAAUACAAGAAUGAAGAGACGCCUGAGAUCCGGGUUGCCUAUUUACCCUCAAGAAGUUCAGCAAGAAGCUGCAGCGUUUCACCUAUUGAAACAGCAGCAGCAGCAAGAUCACCUCCACCAAAAGCACCAAGAUCAUUCUUCUGCUGGUUCAUUCUCAGCGCUACUCUCCUCUUCUCAACCUCUUGAGCUCAACUACAAUCCCUCAAUUUCCCUCUUUGAGACGAUGAAUUUCUCUUCGGCUGCAAACCAUCUUCCUAACCAAGCAUCUUAUGAAUCUUACUCUAAACCUAGCAACCAAUUCAGGUUUUUCAGUGAAAACAAUAAUAUUGCAGGCUAUACUUUGCCCCUAUCCCCCAUUUCUCCUUUUGAAUCAUCACCGUCCACCGCUUUUAAUCAGAAUAUAUCAUCCAAACCCAUUUCAUCUCCAUUAAUUGAAUUCAGUUCAGACAGUCUUAGUAGGAGUUACAAUGUCGGGGGCAUGGCUGCAAGAGCUCCAUAUGAGCCAUUCGGUGUAGCUCAGGAUCUAGAAACAGAGCCCCCUUCAAACCAAACACCACCGCAGUCAACAACUCAUGCUUCAUCAACAGCCAGUGGCGAUGAGAACUUUAUGAGAGCUCCAAGCAAUGCUAAUGACUGUGAACUGGAGACGCCAUUGUUGCAAGAUGAUAGUGGAUUAUUGAAUGCUCUGUUAGUGGAAUCUCAAACUCUUUCCGAGAAGUCCAAGGGAAAAGCAUUAUCAGCAGCCUCUUCCGACAAAGGGAAAAGCGUGGUGGUGGAUGCACUCAGUAAGGAGGAAGACACAAUGCAUAUGGAAUCACCUAUGAAGAUUAGUGGUGAGACGAGCGCUGAGAAGCAGUGGGAUGAUUUGAACUCUUCUCAAUCAUCAUUUGGGAUGAAACCAACUGAUCAGGAUCAACUAGUGGAGAUGAACUCCAUGGAUGAUGAUUUGCUGAGCCUACUGGACAACUUCCCAUCAGCAAUGCCAGCACCCGAGUGGUAUCGUGGAGGUCUCAACAUAUCCAAUGGGAAAUCAUCGGGUGUGGAAAGAGACAAUAUGAGACUUGAUACUCAGCAAAAUGCUUCGCCUGCGCCGGUUACAACCAGUACUACCACACCAGAGCAUGAAUGGGGCAUCGGCCCUUAUCAAUGGAAUAACAUGCCUAGCAUAUGCUAGAGAGCUUCCUACAGAUGUCUUGUGUUUCCAUUUCUUUAGUCUAGGGUUAGUGCACUAGUGUCCAUAUGGUUUAAAGAGUAGAUAAUAGGGCUUCAUAAGAGUUAAGAAUUAGAGAGUAGUCUCCAGGUGGGUAAAAAAAAACUUAGUCUAAUUUAUUAUUAGUUCAUGUGUUGCUUGCAAGUUUAGCUUUGCUUUAGGCUUCAUGAAUUGUUACUUAUAUAUAUCAUGGUGCAAUGUUUGUUUGUUUGUGAGUGGCUUGUGCAUGUAGAGGGGGAAAAAACAGAAAAUAUGUUGUGGCCGUAUUGUAUAAUGUGUAUAUAUAUAUAUAUAUAUAUAUAUAUAUGAUCAUCAAUGCAGUAAUGCCUUUUACAUUAGCCCCAACAGUUUAAAUUUACAUAAUU